AAGCCACAAGUACUGAAGAAUAAAAGCAAGCCAUUUCCAUGAAGCUUUGCGAGCAAUACGCCAUUGAGCGUAAGGCAGGCCGACAACUGCGCGUUAUUAUAAGGCUGAGCGGCUCGGGGCGGUGUUGUUGCGCACCCUGUCAUGCACACACACACUCACACGCAAGGCAGCAUGCGCGAGGAGGUGGGAGCGGCCCACUUUCGGGAGAGUCCUUCGCGACAGUAGUACAUGGAACAUAAGAUCGCGCGGCCGCCAGUGUUUUGAUGGAAGUCCAUGUGCAAACAAGCAGCCUUGCCCCUACUCCAACAUGAAGGGUCCAGAGGUGGCAGUCCUGGAGGCAUGUCAGUAUGCACCACGUUACAUUCAGAAGCAAGCCCUCACCUCAUCUCUUCUUCCUCUCUCCUGCAUUGCUGGCACCCAAGAGCAUUUCAGUACAGUCAAGGAACAGAACCUUGGCACCCAUUCUACCAUGAAGAGUUCCAGCAAGCCUGGUCUCCCUUCACAGAGGAUGCUGCCAGCAUGUUCAUCAUUGGUAACUGGAAUGACAACUCCUCCACUGUCCACAUCAAAGUCUGUCCAUCUUCCCCAGCCAGUUCCAGUGGAUAAAGUGUCAGAACAAAGUCACAAGAGCCAUGGAAGAUCAUCGUAUAAUUGUUAUCGGGAAGGCACUGCCAAUAAUGUGGCAGCAUCAUUAACGGGUGUAUAUUCCAAUUCGGACCCUUCAGAGGCUGCAGUGGUGGCCACGCUGGCGUAUGCUCGCAUGCAGUCAGAACAGGGAUUCCCCUAUGGCAUCAGUGGAGUGGCCAUGCCUAGCUACAACUAUGGCAGUGAGUUGUACAACUACGCUUCAAAUGGAUUCCCGAAAUCACGUAUCUGCGGCUAUUGUUCGAAAGUGUUCACCCGUUCCACCACCCGGCGAUACCAUGAGAAACGCUGUCCUGUUCGUAAAGCAAAGGGCAGUUUGGCAAAAGGCAGCUCUGAUACAAGUGUUACGAGCAUUGUGACAACUGCUGGAACUGGCAGCAGUGGCGAUGACGGCAUCUCUUCCAGCGGCAGUUUAAACAUUCCAUCACAUCCUCCCCCACUUCUAACAAUGAACAGGGAAUCCCCUUCCCCACUUCUUAUCUCUACCUCAUCAGCAGUAUCUACCUCAUUGGGUAUGUCAGUGUUGUCUAAUGCCCACAAGCUCAACUCCAUAUAUAGCGCCUAUGGAUCUCAGUCAAUGUACUCAAAUGUGCCAGUCACGUCUACCUCAUCUGCCCGCAACUCCUCUCCCUCAAGUGUAGCAGGCAGUAGCAGUAAUGUGGACCAGAAUCGCAACUCUGUUCUGUCAUCCAUUAAACAGGAACCUGGGUCACUAGUUAACUUUCAGGUGGCUGGUGCAUCCCCCGAUUUCAGUGUUGCUUGUAGUCUGAGCAGGGACUUGGACUCUGUUAAUAGCAAAUCUGACCAAGGCAGAAUAUGGGCAGCAUUUGUUUACCAAAUCAAAAAUAACUCUUCUUUAGCUGUAGGCAAUGGUUCACAUAGAGGGAGUAACCCCACCUCAGGAAAAUCUUUCUUUCUCAACAACUAUACCUACAAUAACUCUUCUCAACCAUUGUCUCAGGAAAGCUACAAGCUGUUUUGGGGGUCACAGGUUACUCAAAUGUCGCCAUUGGAGCUGGCUCAGAAGUCUGCAGACAUUCGUUUUGAUCAAGAUGGAAAUAGUUUCAUGGAAGGCAAAGGUGAUGCCAGAAAUGACUGUAACAUUGACCCAAGGGGUAGGGAUUAUGGUGCAUCCAGCAUGGACGUUGACAAAGCUUAUUCCAGCAUCCCAGAGAAAGAGUGUGGGAUUUGUAAGCAGCAGUUUGAUUCUAGCAGGGCUCUCCAUAGCCACAUGCAGGUUCACCAGAAGUAUAGUCCCAAUUCAUGUCACAUUUGCGGGCAGCGCUUUUUGCGAACAUCAAUGCGCAUGGCACACGAGCGCAUUCACAAUGUAGAAAACCCAUUCUGCUGUGUGGUUUGUGGGGUGUUCUUUGCUCGCAAGUUUGCCUUGCGGCAGCAUGUCAUACGUCAACAUGUAAGAACACAUAAUCAUAUGCCAGUUGCUUGUCGUCAUUGCAAGAAAACUGCAAGUUCCCUUAUUCAUCUGCACCAGCACGUCCUUACUCACAACAUCCUUCAGCAGGAGAGAACAUCACUCCUGUAUCUUCGUUUCGCAAAGUCUCGAAGCUCUUCUCCCCUCAAAGAGGAGGUAGCACCAAAACUGCCGCCCCCUCUGAGUGUUGACAGCAGAGCAUCAGAUGAUUCACCAGCCAUGCUGUCAGAACCUCCUCCACUUAUCCAAAUGAGACCUUCUCCUACAUCUAUUGCAGGUUCUGAAGAGUCUAUUUUGACCAAUGGCCACAAUACUCCAAGUGGUGCACGGGACAAGGAGUGGUGCAGAUUAUGUGACAAGGAAUAUCCCAAAUCAUUUAUGCGCUUUCAUGAAAAAGCCCAUGCAGACCAGAAACCCUAUGAAUGUCCAACAUGCAAGAAGAGGUUUGGCUACAAGAACAACAUGAAGUCACACAUCAAACUUCAUGCUGGUAUUAAGCCAUACCAUUGUCAUAUUUGUGGAGCAAGGUUCACUCGAGGCUCAACUUUACGUCGCCAUGCCAGACGCCACGGUGGCAAUACAGAAACCAUCUGGGACAUGUUUGUGUCCAAUGGAAAGUCAACCCAACAGUCACCAUUAGCCAACAGAGGGGCUGUACCAAAUCAGACACAUGAGGCCAAUAUCGCUCUACCAUCACCUCAAGGUCAGGUUCCAACUGCUUCGUUAGUGAUGCCUGGUGAGGCACUGAGGACAGUCACACCGCGGUCACGAACUCUAAAGCCAGAGUCAAGUGGGGUGAGCAUAGGAGGCCGUGAUGCCUUGCCCUCAGGGAAACAGUUUUGGCUGUCUGCAGCCAGCUCUGUUCAACAAGAUAUUCAGUCAGAUGCCCUCAACCUCAGUCUACCAGACAAGCAGCGACGCAGCACCUCUUCUUUAGGAACAUCCUCACAGGACCAGAUCCCAUCAGCUGUAGGUCAUUCUCAGGGUCCAGUAUACCAUCCAACAGUUGCAGCAGAUGGUGCAUCAUCAUCUUGCCAUGAUCUCAUUUCUGAUGAUGAGAACAUGGAUGGUAAGAGAUACUUUGGAGGGGGCUGUUCUGAGAAUGCUCCUCUGGAUAUGUCUGCCAGCAGUCCUUCCAGGAUUGGAUCCUCAGCAUUAGAGGGCCUGCAACAUGAGACCAUCGCCAUGCUCAUGACAGCAGGGAAAUUGUUUCGCUGUCCAUACUGUGACUGUUAUUUCACAGACUACACCAUGUACCACGUGCAUCAGAAGCUCCACCAGCCAGACCAACCUUUCACCUGCAACACCUGCGGGGAAAACUGCCGUGACAAAGUGUACUUUUCUUUACACAUCUAUGACCAUCUCAGGUAGUAUACAGGAAUGGACCAUACCCCAGUUCACCCUACUGCUUCCAUGUGAUCUUUAUUUGUCUCCCUUUUUCAGAAAAUACGGAGACACUGUUGUAGUGGAAAAAGAAUUUUGACAUGCUGUGGAACAGAAUGAGGGUUAAGCAUUUUUCAGUGAGGUGUAUGACAUAGAUUAAUAUAGAAAUAUUGUACCUAGAAACUUUCUGCAAUUUUUUUUUUGUUUGUUUGUCAAGUGAGGUACAGAAGCAAAUAUAAAGGGAAUUCCUGGAGAAUCCUCACACUGCGUGCAUUCAUAUUUUUGACCAAAACACUUGUUAAACAUAUCUUUCUUUUAUCUAAAGACAUUUACCUCGUGAAAAUACAAAUACCUCUGUCUCUUGUCUUGUUUUUGUAUUGUGUAGGAAAUGAUGUUCAUUGAACCAUAGAUUGGUGCAAAAUAUUUUGGUUUAAGUGUGAGCAGGGAUUUUGAAAUAUUCUAUGUCCUCUCUUGUCUAUUUUGAGAGACAAAUCAGGGAUUGUGAAAGAACAUGCUAGUGUUUACUGUUUGUUUUUAACCUUAUUUGAAAGUAGAUUUAUCAUGAGUGUUGCUUUUAAUUUUUGCUUAUAUGGCAACUGCCUCAGGUUGGGAUUGUUCUUUUUUCUUUUCUUUUUCUGGGAACUUAAAAACUUAGACAAUUUGUUUUAUGCAAAGAUGUUGAUUAUUUGCUCUUAAAAGAAAGUUAAAGGCUUGGUCAUGGGCUGCUGCUGUGUUUAUCCCUGCUAUUUUUUUUUUUUUUAAAUGGCAAGACCUGCAAGUGACUGAACUUUGUGUUCAGCUCCUGGAUUUAGCAAGCAGAGUCAUAUUGCAGCUAACUUUUGUAAAUAUGUUUUCAUCAAUACGGGUGCAAAAACUGCAGUUACAGUUGCUAAAAGAUGCUACCUUAACCCACCAGACCUUUGUCCUUUCAGCUCCCCACCAUUUCUUGUUGUUCUGGAAAGUAUCUCUAUUGUUCUUAGAGUGCACAUAUAUUUGAUAGUUACAGACUUUGUCUCAGGAUUUGUAACAUAGCUUUGAUAUUUACCCCUGGUUGUAUGUAUACAUAUAUAUGAAGCACUGCUCAUUGUACAUGUUCUGACUUGUUGUGAGACUUUACACUACCUCAGGGCAUCAGGUAUUGGAUAACCACCAAUACCAGGAUUUGAAACAUUCUCAAACAACUCUUGAUAGGGUACAAGGAUUUUUUUCAUGAUUUCCACCCUUUUGUACAUUAUAUUCAAAGUUUUUCACUUUGUCUUUUGAAUGCAUACAUUAUGAUCAUUUGCUACCCAUUUGUCAUCAUUGUCUUGAACUUUUAUAGUGGAUUUCCAGUAUUUAACCUACAAAAAAAAAAAAAGAACACAAUUUCCUGAAAAAAUAGAUAACCCAUUUAAUGACUAAAAAAAAACCUGCCAAUCUUGCUAAGGCAUGGCCAGAUAAGCUUGUGGCAUGUGUACCUCCAUUAUUCCACUAUAUUCAUGUUUUACUGAUUAUGUAUUGGGAAUACCUUUACCUUCUUUUGGUACUAUUGUAAUACAUGUCUUGCUGAAAAACACUUAAAAAUUAAUUUGUUUUUUAUGAAAAUGAUUAUGCAUCUGUGUUUAUAGAUCCAGGGAUUUUUUCUGUUGUUUUUGUGAUUGAUGUGGGAAAGCUGAUUUCUCGAGCUUUCCAUCUCAGGCAGUUGUUGGAAAUAUGAAUAUGGAAUGGCCAGUUUUUACACAAGUACUGGUGGAGCAAUUGAGCAAGCGCAUCAGACUUUGCCAUGAGAAGUGUUUGGUGAAAACAGGUUUUAGGAGUUAAGGUGCACCUUAAGCAGCUUUUUUUUUGCCUCUUUUUUUGUGCAUAUUUGGUUUAAUUUCUGUGUGCAGAUUAAAAAUAAAAACGGGUAUAAAGCAGCAUACACAUCAGUGUUUAGUCACAUAAAUCUACCUCUAAAUCAAGACUGCCUGUCCCAUGUGAUAGACAUGCUCUCACCAGUCCAGUAUAUUAUUUAACACGCUCAAAACAACAUUGAUGGCAUGUUAGUCGAAGUGUAGUAGCAGCAGCCACCAUUGUUGUGCUCAGCACAUUUCUUUUUCAUUAUAGUUGAUGCUGAACUCCUGUAUCAUCAAAUUUGAUGUUUGACACUAGGUCCCUGCUCAAUUUUCCAAAGUGGAGCUAUUAUCAUCAUUGUCUCAGUACUCCCCUCUUCACAUAUUAAAUUACACUCACCUCAGUAUGGUCAAGACAAGCAGAGGAAUGUGAUUUAACAGUAUACAUUUUUUGUUUGGGCUUAUCAGACUUUACAAAAUAGAUUGUUCUAUAUAAUGCUGUGAUCUCUGUAAUGCAUGUGUAGUACUGUAUAAAGAUAUAGAUAAGUAUAAUCUGAUAAUAUAAAUGCUGUCAUAUUAGCAUUUCUUUAUAUUUUGUGCAGGCAGUACAUAAAAGGGACUUAAGUAAGUGAAUUCUAAUUUGCAGAUGAUGAAACGGUGAAUGGUUUGUAUUAGGAAGACAACAAAUCAUAGUAGCAACCACUUUAAUAAGUGUGUGUGAGAGAGAUUGUCCUUUGUUGCAUACUUUUUCAGAGCAGAAGUUCAUAGCAAGCCUGCCCCUCUUCUCACACCAUUUCAUCAACACCGUUUGUGCAUAGCUUAAUAUUGGGUGUGAAUGCCACAAAAAUGUAGCUUGACUGUGUACCUUGUACACUGUAAACAUGUCCCCUGCCUCUGUUUUCCUGUGCUCAGUCUCAAGAAUACAUCUCUCAGGUGAAAGUUAUGUAGACGUGUAGGUGUGUAUAUAUUCAGAACUUUAUUUGUUCGUGGAAAAACUAGUUCUUUCUUUGUUGUUGGAUGCACUUCAUAUAAUUUUUUUUUUCUUUUUCAUUUUUUUUUAAAAAUUUUUGUUGUAUUUCCUGGUGUGCUUGACCUCUAAAUGCUUAAUAGGCUUGCACAUUCAGUCUUCCAUAUUGUGCCUUUAACUGUAGGGAAAAUGGUUAAACCCCUCCCAUCAAUCUAGUUUUAUUUUGAUUUUGACUCUUGACAUUUACCUAAUGAUUUUAUUUUAAAUCUUCAAUUAUGUAAAGGUAGAAUUCUGCUUACUAACAGAUAUGUUAGCUGUUUUCUCACAAUUUCUAGUAUUAUAUGGGUUGGGGGGCAAGAAGAGGAGAUUUAUCAUUUAAAGAUAUUUUUGUUUCACCCAAGAAUUUUUCUUACACUAAGAACUGCAGUUUUACGGCAUCUUUCAGUUAGCUUAGGAAUAGCUUGGCACCAGUGCAGUCUAAAUCACACAUCAAGCACCAAGUGUGUCCUGCAAGCUGAAAUUUACCAGCUGUUAGUAAAAAUUUGGACUAUUUUCUGAUUAAGAGGUCCUGGCAGUUUUUAAGAUUUCACUUAAGGUUAACUUUCAUCAGAUCUAUUUCCUUUAUAAGUGGCACUGGCAGCAAGAAAAGCCUAAAUUUUGGUAAAAUCGACUACAGAUAUUUUGUUAGGUUUACAUUUUAAACCAAUAUUAAAAGAGAAAGUAACAGCACGGUCAUUUGAAAUAUAAUUAAUAAUUUAGUAAAUGCUUCCUCCACUAUUAUCUGUAGAUGUGAUAUACACAAGGUUUGAGACAAAAGAGGCUUUAAGAUUAAAUGAAACUAUAGAAUUGUAACUUUUAGUAGAUAGAAAUCACAAUCUAGCCAUUAACUGCCCCUACAUCAUAUAACUUUUCCUGCAGCAUUGUAAUAAUAGAACAGGUAAUGUGACCUGAAAUGUCAGAAUGCACUUUUAAUUGAAUGCUUUUUCCCUUCACAAUUUCUUUGGAUUGAAUCUUUCUUAAAAAUAAAAAAUUUAACAUAUAUUUAAAUUUUGUUGGUUUGUUUUAGAUUAUGCUGCCACAAAGUAUUUAAAAAAUAGUAAUUUGUUUUAUGGCAUAGAAAAACAAAUAAAUUCAUUUUGUUAGUGUGAACUAUUGAGAAGACAUUGUUUCAGGACUUUGCAAAAUUUGUGUGGCAAUGACAGCAGACAUUGUCAAAAGCUAUAUUUUUUAUAGUUAUUAAGAGUAAUGUUAUUAAGAGGAUGUUUACAAGUACUUUUGCAACUCUUGCAGCUUUUUUACCUCAAGCUCAUAUUUCUGGGUCACUUCAAUGCAGGGAAGAACUGAAGGAGCUGAAAUAUUUAGCUUUUUCGCUUCAUUGGUUAUGUAACAUUAUGUCACGUCUUUUUCAUACACUCAGUGCUAAGAAUUAUGUGGGUAGAAUUGUUGUAUACACUGUUAUUAAUAUUGUGGAUCUGUUUAUUACUUUUUUUGCCAUGCACUCAGAGAAAAAGCAUUGUUUUUUUUACCUGUAAUUGCAUCUUGAUGCUCUAACAUCAGUGAUUUGAAUAUUUCAAGGAUAGGUGGAAGAUGACAAAAAUAAUUUUAGAUUUUAGCCUAAAUGAUUGAGGAAGGUAAAAGUGUCAGUGAAGAUUAUUAGCCGCAUUCAUAUUAUGGGUACAUUUAAUCUGGGGCCGUUACAGCUGUCCAUAUGCUCAUCUGCUGAGACAUCAUUCUUCUUGCAAGCCCUGUAAAGAUGAACAUUUCCCCGUAUUUGCUGAGCUUUGUAAUCUGCACGUUGCUUGUCAGUAUCUUGUGAUAGUUGACAGUUAAGUGUGUCUUAAUCUUAGUCAUGUAAAUGCAAGUGAAUGCCUACUGGCAAGCACCAUGUGGACAGUGUUAUGUUGAAACUUGUGUUAAUCUAAAGAUGGUACUGUGCGUGUCAUUUAUCAUUUUAGACAUUCAACAACAAAAAUUAUGUCAUAGUGGAUACAGUUGUCCUUGUUACUUUAUCAUUCAUAUUAAAAGACAAUUCUAUAAUGAUUUUCUUGGAAUCUUUCCAUUUUUUCCAUUCUUUGUUUUAUCUUUUAAAAGCAUUUUUUUAUAGUUCCUUUGCAGUACUUUAUGUUCAACCCCUUGCCAGCUGCUGCUAUGAGCGUUAUGAUACCAUAUCAACAUUUCACAGCAGCUGUAGGCAGGAGGUUAAAUAGCCACACUUUCUAUGCCUGCACACAAAGGCACACAUGCAAGCAUGUAUGUUGGUGGAUGGUUAUGUCCAUGGUUGUCUUGACCUGCAUAACCCUGCAUAGGUCAAGUGCUUGAUGCAAGUUAUUGGACAUGACCAUUUGUAAUGUUCAGUUGCACAUUGGCAAUUCAUUGAUCAAAGUAAAAGAAGUAUAAUUUUAUUUACCAAAAGUCCUGAAGGAGACUAAGAAAGGAAAUGUGUUAUGUUUUUACUGAUUGUGUGCAGAUCAGUCUGAUUGCAUUCUUAAGCAAAUGGAGAGUUGCCUUGCAACUUUGCACCAGUCUUGAGAGAGCAAUCCAGUUUCUCUUCACCCCCAACUCCUUCCUCUGUGUAUGAGUGUGUGAAAGCAAGAGAGAUCAUUAUACUGGCUAGUUGUGAAAAAAAUUGAGGCUGGUGAAAUCACUUUUUUGCUUGAAUUCGCUGCAACAUAUUUUGUAACUGAUGUGUGCAUUGAAGUAUUUUUCUUUUGCAAGUUUUUGAAAGCAGAUACAUGUGAAGAAAUUUAGGAGAACAACCAUGUUCUGACUUCUGUCAUCAUUUAACUUUCAGUGAAUCUGUGCAGUAGAUUAUCCCUGUUUGCUGCAUUAAUGUUGGUGUUUGUACAUAUUAGCUUUAGUGAGAGUUGUCUUAAAAGGGUUGUUUGUCCAACCAUAUCUACCUCAUUAUACACUUUUCAGUUCAUAUUUCUGAUAUAUACCUGUUGCCUGAUUUGAUAUUUGAACGAAUGAUGUUGGGACCGCUGUCUUGUGGUGGUGAAGACUUUCUGAUUCUAUUGAUUGUAAUGUGACACUCAAUGCCCAGCAAAGAAAAUCUAAAAUGUUUGUACACUGAUUGCUUAAUUAAAGAGGCCAACGAAAGGUUAGAAACCUUAAAUUUGAAGGGUGAUAUGUAUAUUGUUAACAUUCUGCAGAUUCUUAAUUUGAGGAGAACAACCAUUCUUGCUAAUUUAUAUUUUUGACAGCAUUGUAUGAAUAAUCAUUACCAGGAUGGUUGAGCUGGCUACUAUUUUUUAAUAAUGAGAGUUAUUUCCUCUUGGGUAUAAUACAUUGACUGUAAUAGAAAACUACAUCUGUAAUAGAGGAAAACUUAUUUUUACAUUAUGACGGCUUAAAUCACAUCUUAAAGCAUUUAAAAAUUGUCAAAUUAAUGCAUUCCCUCUCCCUUUUUGGGAUGUAGCACAGUUGUUGUUCAUUGAUGCAAUUAGGUCAGUGACCUUUACAUUUAACAAAAUGUUAAUAAUGCCAGUAGGGGAUUGAAAAGAUUCGAAGAUUGCUGUAAACAUCAGGCUUUUAUUUGCUAAAUCAAAUGCUUAAAAGAGACUCCUAAGGAUAAUGACCAAGUUAAUGUUUGCUUCAGGUUUUGCAUUAAGAUGUCAUUCAUAUAUAAUGUUUAGCAACACAAAUGCAUUCUCAAGUUUAUGAAACUUAUUUAUUUUCGUUGGCCUCAAAAUCGCACCUAUUUGAUAGGAGACAUAGUAAGUUCAAGACUUGACAUCUCUUCCUAUUAUAUCCCUUUUGCACCCAUGUAAUAGAAGGAUAUUAUUUAGGCUCAAGAGCUAACAUCUUUCCCAUUCUUAUUCAUCUUUGCCCACAAUGCACCUACCUUCCCUUUUAUCCACUGCUGUUCUAGAAAUGUACCUUUAGAGCCACAAGAAAACAUAUACAGCAGUGUAGCAACAGGUAACAUGAGUAUGGGUUACUUUUUACUUCCCUGACUUGUAUCACUGUUGAAUAUUAAUUUCUACCUCUUCCUUGGGUAUGCUUUCAUUCUACCAUGCUCCCUCUUGGUGCAAGAGGUGCAAUCACUGUCUGCUUUCCCAUCGUUCGUGUCCAAAGAAAAAUCUUGUGCCACUUGUUUAUCAGCAAUCAUAGUUUAGCAGACAGCAGUGUCCAGAAACUGGAAUGUGUAACGGCAUUACUUAGCCUUACCUGAGAAAUGCAUUAAAAUAGAAAUUUGUAGUUGCUCAGUUGCAUAGCCAGGAUGGGUACAUGAAAAUCAGAUUUUUGUGGUCAGAAUUUAUAUAAAAAUAAAAAAAUCAUAUAUUCA